CCUUGUCUGUGGGAACCCGCCCAAGCCGCCCAUCCUAGGAAACGAGAGCUUCCUGUUGUUUUAUAGAGCUUUCCUGCAGAAAGGUUGAGAUAUGUAAUCUGGGUCCACCAGGGAAGAGGAACAGAGCAGUGUCAGGCAGAAAUGAAAGCCCCUAAUCCGUCUCCCGUGUCUUCUUCUUCCUUCUCCUUUCUGACUCUUCUUCUCUGGGCACUGAGCUCUACAGCAGCUGGCCUGAUAGGACAUUAUGAGGCGCCACAAGUUACCACACCAGGUUUCACUUCACGGCAUGACUCAACAACAUAUGCAAACUACCAAUACCACGACGUUAUCCUCGAAGAGAGAAGAGUUUCCAGUGGAUUAGGUUGUGGGAAUACGUAUGUUAACUGUGAACACUACUGUGACGUUUGUGAGUAUUAUCCCCCAAGGACGGAGUGCUACGCGACCUUAUUUAAGGAAACCUGCUACAUUAAUUUUGUAGUUGCCAUGGAGUCAUUAAACAACACAGACUGGUGCAACUGGAACAAUGUGAAGAGGAUGUAUAACACCUUCACCAUGUGCACGGAGGAGAUAGCAGAGUGUCUGCUGAUCCCCUGGCCCAACAGGAUGGUGGAGAAUGAGUUUGUAAACAUCCAUUCCAGGUUCUUCCGGGACUGUCCCAACGAGGCGCUGAGCGACCCCCCGCCAAGCAUCGUGUUUGCCUUGGUGAUGACCCCCAUCUGCCUCAUCCCCAUCAUGGUGGUCCUGGUGGUGCUCAAGACCAAGAACGGAGAUGGCAGCUCCUGAUAGGACGUCCUGGAUCAGUCCUCAUCCACCCCGGCUCACCUCCAUGUUCAGACUCACUCUCUCCAUCCCCUGACUGGGGCCAUUGACUCAACUAUUUUACAGAGCACUGCUUAUCAUCUUCCAGCCACUGAUGAUUGGCUUAGCUCUGUGGAGUCCUAUCAAAACAAUMUCACAGCCCAAACACCUGACACAUGACCUUUAUGGAUGCACUGAUACAGAAUGAGUUGUACCACAUGAGCAUCGUCCAAGGAUACAGGGGUUCAAGAAAGGGUCCGUCAGUGUUGUGUAGCGUGUCAGGUCAACAUCCUCUGGGUUGCUUCUUGAAAACUCAUCUUCUCCACAUUCCUCGAUGCUCCUCUAACGAAAAGUGGCGACAGCCAUGUAAACGUUUCGACUCCCUACACGCCUUAGGAAAGUAUUUAAGAUAGUAGGGUUUUAUGGACUUAUGUCAUUCUUGACCAAAAAAAAUGUAAUACAAUAUUUUAAUUGUUUAUAUAUAUAUAUAUGUGAUUAAAGAAUGGCAAAAGUCAGGAUAUUCUUCAGCAUUUGUGGAAUUAUUGUGGUUAGGGGAGGAUGACAGAAGCUGUAAAGCUUGUUAAGAUGACGGAAAAGCGAUUUUGUUAGUGGAAAUCCUACCCUCUGGCUGGGAAAACGUGAGUCUCGCCUUGCUGGACAUUCCAAUUGAGUUGAUAACCAAUGACAAAGGCAUUCUGUUGGAGGAAUUCCCACUCUCCAUUUACCGUACACUCAGAAAAAAAGGUGCUAACUAGAACCUAAAAGGGUUCUUUGGCUGUCCUCGUAGAACCCAUUGAAGAACCCUUUUUGGUUCCAGGUAGAAACCUUUUAAUAGAACCCCUUUGAGUUCAAAGUAGAACCCUUUCCACAGAGGGCUCUACAUGGAACCCAAAAAGGGUUCUCCUACGGGGACAGCCGAAGAACCCUUUUGGAACCCUUUGUCUAAGAGUGUAGUUAUCCGUAUAAAAUCUCCAUUAUGUUUAUUUCUGUUUGUAACUACAGAACAAAAUGUGAUGUACCCUCUCACCUGGUAGCUUUCCUGUCCUUGAAUGGGUUUUGUGUAUAUUAGAAUUGUAUGAUGCUUCUGGAGAGCCCUCUUUACCCCCGAGUGUAAGGUUUAGAAUGUAUGCAGUAUGGGGCCAAGAUGAAGGGGUUUGGCCAAGCAUUAGUCUGUGAGGAAGGUUGGAGUCAGGAACUAGACACAAUGUGUGAGUAGCCUACGCCCAAUAUGUAGUCUAUGAGAUCAGUUUCCAGGAAUUGUCUAUUUCCCAGCAUUAAGGGCCCAGCGCCUCAACCUCUCUCUCUCCCUCUUGACAACGACGGUCCCCACUGUCGCCCAUGAUGAGCCAGUCGACGCUUGCCUGAGAGAUGAAUCAAGCACUAGAUCAAAAGACUACAAAUGUUUGUUCUUCCCCCCGGCUCAGUGUAGCAAUGAGCACUGACUGAAGACAGAAGGAAAAACAAAUGUCUAUCUUUCCCCUUUUACUAUGCUGUCGUGAAUGACACUGAAAGCAUUGAAUUGCGUUCAGUUUCAGAAACAAAGAAAUAUGUAUGCUUAUGUAUUGUAUUUCUGCUCUUACUCUGGUCAUAAGACUUACUGGACUUUGUACUGUCUGUGAGAGGGGUGUGGGUCUUAGUCAAAGCAUAGCCUCUUUCCUUACACAAUGUACUGUAUAUAAUUAUAUUUUGCAAUUAAAUAUGUUAAAGCCAAA